CGCUACUUUCAGCAAUUUGGAUCUGGCAGCCUUGGGUCACAGUGUCCAGGAGGAGGCGACCACCACACACAUACACACUCACUCCACGUGGUCAAGACACUACACCAGACAACUUUAUAUACAUUGCACAAACUACUAAAGAAAAACAAAUUUAACGCCAUAAGGAAAAUUACAAUUGUAAGACUACAAAAAUGGGUCGCAUAGAGGUCGCUCAGAACUUUAUAGCGUUUUGUUGUGGGAACAAUGUACUAGUUUACGAUGGCAGAAAUUCUGAGACCCAAAUUCUCAAUGUGCCUAAUAUGGAGGAAAAGCAUGCAGCUGAAAAACACACGACCAAAGAAACAAAUGGUAACAACACGAGUAGCAUUGCGUCUAGUAAUGAGACUCAAAUUAUGUCUGUGAGAGCAUCUCCUGAUGGACACUAUUUAGCCGUAGCAUCCGAGACUAAAGCGGUAACAGUGUGGUGCACAAGGACGUGGGCGCUCCUCUAUACCCAUGAUCUGGUGAAGAGACCCAUGGCUAUUGUUAUAACAUCUGACUCUUCUACACUGCUUGUGGCGGAUAAAUCUGGUGAUGUGUAUAAUUUCCCAUUAAAGGGAUGUCAACCACAGGAUGACCAACCCAGUUUAUCCAAACAGAAAGGCAAUAAAGAAGAAAGAAUGAAGACGCUUGUUAAAGUGACACCUAAACCUUUGCUGGGGCAUCUCUCAAUGCUUUUGGAUUUGACAAUUACUGAAGACAGCAAAUAUAUCAUCACUUGUGACCGAGAUGAAAAGAUUCGCGUAUCUCACUAUCCUAAUUCUUACAACAUUGAGGCCUUUUGUCUUGGCCACCGAGAAUUUGUUACGCAAGUUGACCUUUUACCUAAAAACAACCAACUUAUUCUCUCAUGCUCUGGGGAUGGAACAUUGAGGCUUUGGAAUUAUUUGAAAGGAGAAUGCUUGGCAUGCAGUGAUACCAGAGAACAGACCACCACACUUUUGCAUCACUAUCAAGAGUAUGUCCAGCAAAAAAAUGAAGAAUCUGAAGAGAUUAAGAGAUUCCUUCUUGAUUAUCCAGCUGUCAAGAGUUUUGCAUUAUAUUCAUCAAGUGAAGAAGUACAUUCUGUAGCUGCUUUGUUAGAUAGAAUUCCUGCUGUAUUUGUGUACAGAAUAGAAGGGAUAACUUUAAAGCACAUCUCGACAAAAGAACUUGAGGCUGAACCAAGGAGUGUUGCCUGGUCUUUGAGUGGGGAACUGAUUGUCCUGCAGGAGAAAGAUGAAGAGCCUCUCUCUGUGUUUGAGCUUGUAGAUGAUAAUUUACAAGAAGUGGCUGAACAUUGGCUGGUGUCCCUCGGCAAAAAGCAAAAACAUCACUUUACUGUGGGACAUGAUGGACUUAAUUUGGAUGUUUUGUACAAGCAGCGGUACGACAAUGUUGCAGAUUAUCUGAAGAAGAAGGAAGAACGUAUAGCCAUGGAGAAAGCUGCAAAAGAUGGCUUGAUUCCUCUAGUCAAAAAAGGACGAUGGUCAAAAUAAUAACAAAUCGCUUUAUAAAUUAAAAAUUUAACAAUAAA